GGCAUCAUUUGCACGCCAAUCCUUCUCUGCGUUGAUCUAGAUCCUUCCAGCCUACUCCGAUUACAUAAGCGGAAAUAUGCCGCUAACAAAAACUACAUCAAGACAUUGUUAUCAAAAACUGUACCCUCUUCUUCACAUCUUCACAACUUUCCAUGUUGAGACAUAUCACCCGUUCCCAGGCGCUUCGUUUUGCCUCUGCUGCCAGAUUCCAGUCGGUCGGGUCCGCGACCCAUUUUGCCCCAGCGCCGAGAUCCAACGUGGAGUCCAACGUUUUGUCUGAGACGAACCGCUUGGAAAAGACAUCCAAGGUGUUCUGGAAGAACGCUGCGGUGCAUCACUUACCAAACAACGAGGGGUACGAGGUCCGUUUGGACGGCAAAUCUAUCAAGUCGCCUAUGGGGUUUGAUAUGAAGAUCCCAGCAAACAAGCCGAUCUUGGCCAAGUUGAUUGCGCACGAAUGGCAGAACUUGUUGACAUCUCCAAAGACUCACUCAUUGCCUUUGACCUCUGUGACGUCGCGUGCAGUCGAUUUGACUGCUGCCGUGGCUUCUGGUGAUUUGGAAAUCAUGGCGAAGAUUGGAAAGAUUGAUGAUAUCAAAGAAGAUUUGUUGCGCUACCUCGACACUGACACCUUGUUGGUGUUCUCACCCGCCGAGGAAUACGAAGGCCGUUUGAGAAAGGCCCAGGAGGAGAUCUACAGGCCGAUCAUCAAGAACAUGGAAGAGUUCUUUGCCCAUGUCGCGGGUGUGGAGAAGGUCGAGUUGACCUACAUUGAUUCUGACCUCCACGGAUUGAGAGGCAACUUCCAACCAGAGGCUACCAAGGCCGCAGUUCGUGUCUGGAUGGAUAAGAUUGGCAUCUGGGAGUUGGUUGCCUUGGAAAAGGCCACGUUAUCUGCCAAGUCCUUCAUCUCUGGUGUCGCCAUUGUCAGAGCCAACGCUGGCGCCCGUAGCGCCGGUGUCACCGGUGUCGAUCCAAUCGAGAAGCAGUUGACCUUGGAACAGGUUGCGGAAGCUGCCACUUUAGAAACCAUCUACCAGACCGAGAGAUGGGGCGAGGUUGAAGACACCCAUGACGUUGACAAGGUUGACAUCAGAAGAAACUUGGGCACUGCCUCUCUCGUAGCCUUCAACCAUUUGUAAUUAUAGAAACCGUUUCAAUAGUUGAAAAUUAUGUGUGUAUAUAUUUUAAAAAUUUUCAUGUUAGGGA